AUGAGAAGAAAAGAUCUAAGUAAUGGAGAAAGGAACACCAUUGUUCAAUUCCUUCUUCAAGAUAGCAAAAACGGCAAGCCGAAGAGAGGGAAGAUCCAAGAAGCCAUUGUCAAAUUCGGAAGCUCUAGGAGGACCGUGAGUCGGCUUUGGGCUGCGGCAAAAAAACAACAAGAAAGAGGUAAGCACAUUCAUUCGGCAAGCAUGAAAAUACAUCGACCACAUCGAAAAAGAGUGCAAAUCGACUUAGAGCUAAUCUCCAGCCUGGAAUUGAGCAAAAGAUCAACUAUUCGAAGUCUUGCAAGUGGCAUAAAUUGCAGUAAAAGUACAGUGGGUCGAUGGAUAAGCAAGGGAUUGAUCAAAGCUCACACAAGUGCAAUACGACCCGACCUAACUGCUCCUAACAAACUUCUACGCCUGCGGUUCAGCCUUGAAGCCAUAGAAUACGACCGUAUUCUGAAGGUACUUCAGUUCAAAGAUAUGCACAACACUGUGCAUAUCGACGAGAAGUGGUUUUAUAUGACAAAGGUAAAUCACAGGUUCUACUUAACCCCAGGAGAGGCAGAACCGCACAGAACAUGCAAAUCAAAGAAACACAUCAAGAAAGUGAUGUUCAUGUGUGCAGUGUGUAGGCCAAUAUUUGCAGAAGAUGGCAGCGUAUUAUUCGACGGAAAAAUAGGGAUUUGGCCAUUUACAGGAAAGAGGUGGCUCACGGUGGAGAAGCCAUGGACAACCACAGCAAAGAGGCGGCGCCUCUUGAAGCAGGCGAAUAAUUAG